GUAAAUUGAAACCAGAAGAACUAGUUCCUCAUCAGUUAAGAUCGCUGUAAACACAAGCUUACAACUUCUGUCUCAAUAUAUUGGUCAGUUUGAGAUUCAGGCACCAGAAUGUCCAGCACAGUCAUACCCAUGAACUCUUCAACGCUCAUCAUCCAGUUUCAACCACCGACACAAACAACACCUGUUACCACGGGGACAAAUGCUCCUGCGCCUGUUUAUGUACAACAGGUGGCGGGAGUUUCACCUCUUCGUGGACUUCAGGCGUUUCUGAAAGGCCAACCGAAAGCCCUUGGGACGGUUCAGAUAAUGAUCGGUGUGCUGACUUUCCUGUUUGGCAUUGUGUAUACAGUUUUUGCACAGUCCAUCUUUGCUAUUGCUGGUCUUCCUUACUGGGGAUCUCUCCUGUACAUUAUAGCAGGCGCACUCAGCAUUUCUGCAGAAAAUAAAAUUAAUUCAUCUUCCAGUUCGUGUUUGGUCAAUGCUUCACUUGUAAUGAACAUUUUCAGUACUUUAUCCGCAGUCAUCGCCAUUAUUUUCACUUCACUGGAUUUGGCUUUAGGACCAAUGGCCAGUUACAGUGACUGCAGCGGUUAUGACUGUAAUAAUUCAGAGACAAGGUAUAAGACUCUCUUCAGGGGAAUCAGUGGUGUAUUGUUGGUAUUCUCCUUGCUUGAGUUUACCAUCUCCAUCUGUCUGUCAGGAUUUGCCUGUAAAGCUAGCACCUGCUGUUGUCCUUCUCCGGUGCAGUUUGUCCCUCAGGUUCUACCACCACAGCCCUCUGAUUUCAGGCCCAUUCAAUUCCAUGUUCUUAACAGCUCAGAGAUACCUGUGGCCAGCAGCUCUUCCAUUCAUCACCAGCCUGCAGAAGCUCCUCCACAAUACAGUGAAUUCAAAUAAAAAUGUUCCCCUUAUGAAAAGAUAAUGCAAUACAUAAAAUCUCCAAGUAUGGGAAACUAGUGCUUAUAUUUUUCAAUAUACUGUAAUACAUUAAUUCAUUAGAAAAGUAUUAACUGGAUACAAAUGUUAAAAGCUUUAGAUUUUUUUUAUUUUUAUUGGAUGUAUUUAAAUAAUGGUGGGUGGAAAAUGAAAAUUUAUAUUAAUAACUUUAUCUCAGUAUACAUUAACCUUUUUCAAAUGUAUAUCUACACAUUAUGAAGAAUAUUAUUGAAUACAUAUAUAGAAUGCAGCCAUUCCUUAUAAACAUUAAACAAUUUAAUACACUGAUAUUUUCUAAAUAUAUUUUGUUUGCAAUGGGUUUUAUCUCUGUCCAUUAUCUCUAAUGUCCUCUCAAUAGAAAAGAGAACAUGAAAGCAAAUAAAGCAAUCACUUGUUCAGAUAAUAAUUGCAGUUUUCACAUAAGUCACAUAUGCACCAAAGAUAUCUAUUUAAAACUUGAAACUGUUUCAUGAAUUUCUUCCUUGAGUUAUGUCAAGAGUGCUGCAAUAAUUUAUUGAUUC